AUGUCCACUCCACAAGUUAUUCAAUUCCAUCAUAAUCCAAUUCAAUCUCAUGCGUUCAAUCAAGAUCGUACUGUUUUAGCAAUUACAAAUGAUUCAAAUGUUGAAAUUUAUGAUUUAAAAUCAAAACCAGCUAAAUUAAUCACUGUUUUAAAAGAUCAUGAUAAAUUAGUUACAGCUGUUGAUAUUUCAAUCCAUGGUAGAAUUGUUACAUGUUCUCAAGAUCGUAAUGCUAUUGUUUGGGAACCUUUAUCUGAUGGUUCUUAUAAACCAACUUUAGUUCUUUUAAGAAUUAAUAGAGCUGCUACUUCAGUUGCAUGGUCACCAAAUGGGUUUAAAUUUGCCGUGGGGUCAUCUGCAAGAAUCAUUUCAGUUUGUUAUUUUGAACAAGAAAAUGAUUGGUGGAUCUCUAAACAUAUUAAAAAACCAUUACGUUCCACAAUUUUAAGUAUUAAAUGGCAUCCAAAUAAUGUCUUAUUAGCUGCUGGUUCUACAGAUGGUCAUGCUCGUGUGUUUAGUGGUUAUAUCAAAGGAAUUGAUUCCAAACCAGAACCAAGUUAUUGGGGUGAAAAAUUACCAUUCCAAACACUUUGUGGUGAUUUUAUUAGUUCAAAUGGUGGUUGGAUUCAUGAUGUUGCUUUUAGUCCAAGUGGUGAUGUCUUGGGAUUUGUUGCACAUGAUUCUUCAUUAACUAUUGUUUAUCCAAAUGGUGGUGCAGAUGUAGCACCAAGAUCUAUACUAAGUGUUUCAACUUCAUUUUUACCUUUUAAAUCAUUAGUUUUCAAAAAUGAAAAUGAAAUCUUAGCAGCUGGUCAUAAUUGUCAUAUUGUUACAUUUGCAGGUGAUGAAUCUAAUUGGGUUGAAUCUGGAUCAAUUGAUGAUCCAAAUAAGAAUGAUGAUACUGCCAUUGGUGAAACUAGUGCUUUGAAUAUGUUUAAACAAUUGGAUUUGAAAGGUACUACUGGUAAAAAUUCAGGUUUGAAAACUAUUCAUCAAAAUACUAUUACUGAAUUAAGACCUUAUGAAGAUAAUGGAGUUGAAUUAACAAAAGUUAGUUCUUCUGGUAUUGAUGGUAAAGUUGUAAUCUUUAAUGUUUAG